AUGGAUCUGAGUCUUAACUCUUCUGAGCUCUUGGGCAAAGAGCACCAGCUUAUCCGAGCCUCAGUUUCUUCAUCUGUAAAAUGGAGAUGCCACUCCCCACCAUGCAAAUGGUUCAAGAUAGGAAGUGAAGGAUAAUCUCAUAUUUGCUGGAGUUGCAUUAUAAGAGGCCUAACGCAAUAGCCAAAAGCCCCCACAACCGCAGCCCCAUCUUAUUUGCAUAUCUUGAAAGAACAUAAAAAGGGGAAGCCAAUUCAUCACUCAUGGUUAUUUUCAAAAGUGACCCUGCCAGGUUCUUUCACAACCCACAGCUGCCUAAGAACUUCUCGAAAGCUGCCUUGGGAACCCUCACAGCUUCUCGUCUUCACUGUCACCCCAUUGGUUCCCCAUGACUAAUGCCCACUCUGCAAUGGGUCCUUCCGGCUUCCCUCCACUUCUCAGGCCCAUCUCCCUCCACCAUCUCCUGCUUCUGCCAAUGGGCUGUGGGGUUCCCCAGGCCAGGAACGCAUGGCCAUCGACCAGCAGGAAGACGACUGUAAAAUUCCUGGCCUGCGGUGGGUGCUCCAAAAGCGCCACCUUUUCCUGCGCUCCUUUCCCAUCCGCUCUGUACCAGAAUGUUCUCUAAGCUACGAUGACGUUUUGGUCAUCCUUGGAAUAGGAGUAGUGUAAGGCACUGAUCUCCCCAUCAACCCACUUUGUUCCGGUUUGACUUCUUGUGAGUCCCAUUACCUUUUCUGGAGGAAGGGAAGACUUCCAGAACUGUUUAAAUGAGAGAGGAAGGCUUUGGGGGUUUCUGUGCGGAAGUGAAGUCCAGUAUCAUUCAUCCAUUCAACCGCUUCUUCAGCAAACGUUUGCUGCGCACCUGUCAGCACGCUCAGCACAGAGCCAGUUGUUAGGGUACAAAAGUACGUGACAUAGUCCCACCCCUGGGGCUCUCUAGUCUAGAAUGCCUCGAGGGUUUCAGGGCAGGGGCCCCUAGAAGUUGCUGAAGGCAGCCCCGAGCCUAAUGAGGCCUGGCACAGGCUCCCUGGCAACCAGCAGGUACCUUCCCAUCCUGUCCCUGAGCCCGGCUGCUGACAUAAACCCUCUUCAUGACCAAUUGACCAAGAGAUGUGGCUGUCAACAGGCACGCCACAGCGUGAACAGCAGGUGGCCAGGAAGGUGGGAGGCCAAGGACUCCAGGACCUGACAGCCUUCCACCCAGCCCCAGAUCUCGCCAUCCUCCCAGGGCCCAGACAAGCAAUCAUUCAUCCAACUCAUGGAGCCCCUGCUAUAUGUGCAACAGGCAGCGGACAAAGCGGACAGGAGGCUUUGCCCUCACCGACCAACAUAUUAGCAGAGGGGCUGGCAAAUCUGACGUCGCAGAGUCGUGGGUCCUCUGAAUAGACACAACGCAGGAGGAAAACAGAGAGCCUGGCUGGAACAGAGGAGGGCCCAUCUGGAUGGAGGAAUCAGCAAGGCCUUCUGAGGACGUGACACUGGGCAGAGACCUACCCACCAGGCGGGCAGGGCCAAAGCAGAGAAGAUCUUGAAGACGCGAUGUCUCCCUUGGCGCCCAGCUUUGCUCUUCUCCCAAACGCUUGUUACAGGAGGUGACAUGUCACUCCUUUUGAUUUUUUCCUUGAGUCUGUCUGUUUCUCAGUGUUUCCCAAAGACAAAAUACCAACGAUAAGUGGCAAGUUCUUCUACAUUCCCAGGGAGGUGCUGGGCCAUAUAUGUAGGACCUGGAACCAGAAUCAAUUUGCUGCCUGAGAUGGAGAAAGGAAAUUAGGUCGUUCCUCUGGAGGGAGCUGUUGGCCUGCCAAGCAUCCCACGCCACCCCCGCCUGGAGCCGGGGGCGCAGCCUUCCAGGAAGCCACUCAGAAGCUUCUUCCAGGUGACCGGGAAUUUGAGAGGGUCAUGGCAGCCCACACGGUGACCAAACCACACACCCAAGAAAACUGAAGUUGAGAGAGGGGCUGUAUUGUGAGACUGAGGCAGCAGAGAUGGACAGGCAGACAGAGACGCACACACAGUCAGAGGUGAAUCGCAGAGACAGCCUGGGGCUGUUUUGAAUCUCACUUAGGAGGUCUGCUCAGAAGAGCAAGGUGACCCCGACAGGGGGUGGACGGCUGAACUCCCUGAGGCCAAGGGCCCUUUGACAUCCACGCAGCCCUGAGGAGGCCGAGUGGAGACCACAGCCUGGUUACUCCGUUGGCGCCAAACGAGACUGCCCUUGUCCUGUGUCUUCCCUCCUCCCUGCUCCUGCCAACGCUACACGUUCAGAAACCACACCAUGGAGCCAGUGGGGGGAGGAGCGGGAGAUGGCGGAGCCUCCUCACAGACCGUGCCCACAGCCAGGGUGAGGCAGGGGAAGGCAGAAGCUGUAGCUGGGAAGGAUGCUUUUAUCUCCCCACACAUCAAGUACCAGAUGGAUGGUGUGGGUGACGAAGGUGACUGGGUCCUUUUUGUUGUCUAGGAGGGAGCCAGCGAGGCCUGGGGCCUGCCCAUGAGCUCCCCGGGGAGUGGAGAAGACUUAGCCCCCAGAACGGGCUGGAACAGGCUGUGGGGGCGGGCAGGGGGAACAAAGCUGUGUUCUGGUGGCACCCCACCAACCCUGCUCCUUGCAGGUGCUGCGACAGGCUCCUCGCUCUGCCCAGGAAAGCCCACGCUUCGGUCCUCUCCCCUCCUUGUGUUCGCAUCACCUCCCGGGACCCCCCCCCCCGCUUCAGUCUGGCCUCUGCUGGGCCGAGAUGCCCCAUUAGCUGCUCACCCAGGCUGCCAGUGCCUCGGCCUAAUGGUCCUGCCACCCCGCCCUUCACUCCCUUCCAGUUCACUGCCCAACCUGGGGCCCUCCCUCGGCCCAGUGAGGGGGACAGCCGAGCCUCAGAGACACCUGGCCGCGCCGAGAGGGUCUCAGAAAUCAAGAGGCCGUCCGUCUCAGGGGACCCGCGCUCCCGUUCUGUCUUCUCCUGGGGCUCUGCCAUCACGCCUUCGUUUGAAGAGGUGAUGACGUGGAAAGAAAGCAGAGGGCUGGGGGCCGACCCUCCUGGCUUGCAGUCCUGGCCGGACCGCUAACUGGCUGCCACCUGCCUCCCCGGCCUUGUCUCCUCAACUGUCCCACUGGACGGCUUGGACCGCGCCCCCCCCCCCCCCCCCAGCAGUGCUGAGCCGAGUGCGCGAGUCCGGGAGCGCCCCCUCCGGGGAUCCCGAGACCUGCGGACGCAGCGGGGCCCCAUGGACCCGCCCCCGCAGCUGUCCUUCGCCCUCUACGUGGGAGCCUUUGUGCUCGGCUUCCCGCUCAACGCCCUGGCCGUCGGGGCCGCCGCCGCGCACGCCCGCCUCCGCCUCACCCCCAGCCUGGUCUACGCGCUCCACCUGGGCUGCUCGGACCUCCUGCUGGCCGCCUCUCUGCCCCUGAAGGCGGCCGAGGCCCUGGCGGGGGGCGCCUGGCCGCUGCCCGCCGCGCUCUGUCCCGCCGUCGCGCUGGCCCACUUCGCGCCCCUCUACGCGGGCGGGGGCUUCCUGGCCGCCCUGAGCGCCGGCCGCUACCUGGGAGCCGCCUUCCCCCUGGGCUACCAGGCCAUGCGCAGGCCGCGCUACUCCUGGGGCGUGUGUGUGGCCAUAUGGGCCCUCGUCCUCUGUCACCUGGGGCUGGUCCUUGGGCUGGAGGCUCCCGGAGGCUGGACGGACAAUACCACCAGCCCGCUGGGCAUCAACACACCGGUCAACGGCUCCCCCGUCUGCCUGGAGGCCUGGGAUCCAGCCUCAGCGGGCCCUGCGCGCCUCAGCCUCUCCCUCCUGCUCUUCUUUGUGCCCCUGACCAUCACAGCCUUCUGCUACGUCGGCUGCCUCCGCGCCCUGGCCCGCUCAGGCCUGAGCCACCGGCGGAAGCUGAGGGCGGCCUGGGUGGCCGGCGGGGCCCUGCUCACGCUGCUGCUCUGCCUAGGACCCUACAACGCCUCCAACGUGGCUGGCUUCCUGCACCCCGACAUGGGAGGCCGCUGGCGGAAGCUGGGGCUCAUCACAGGUGCUUGGAGCGUGGUGCUCAACCCGCUGGUGACCGGCUACUUGGGAGGGCGUCCUGGCAGGGGGACAUCACGUGUGGCGAGAACAAAAGGCGCCGUGUCCCAGAAGUAGGAGCCACUGCUGGGGGAGGGGCAUGAAGCGGGAGAGCCCGGUGCUUCCCCUCGCCCCUUGCAGGGGACCACCGGCAGCCCUGCCUGGGGGCGGCCCUGGAGCCCCGUGUGGGAAGGACCGAGGCUGGCAGAAGACUGCCUUCCGGUUGGAAGAAUGGAGGCAGGAGGAAGGUGAGCCUGCCUCUCACACAUCAGUCUGACUGCCCUCCUCUGUCUGUCUCUCCUCUCCGUCGCCCAUCCUUCCUCGCCUGUCGGCCAGCGUCCUGCGGGUGAGGCCUCUUCCACUGGGGAAGAAGUGGGACAGUUCCGUUCCAGCCCUGAUAAUGCACUUUGGGAGAUGCUCCUCCAAAAUCAUGUCCUGGGGAAGAACAUUUUAAUUUCAGUGUGAGAGAAGAAGCAGGAGGCAAGAUAAUGAGGCUGUUAUACCGCUUGGCACUCACAAGGGGGCGGCAUUAGAAGGAGGGAAAAUAGCAACACAGAAAGCCGCAAAUACCAAGUCUCUAAUACGUGACAGUCACCACGCCAAGUGCAUUAUGAAUGUUGCUUCCCUUCACCCUCAUGCAAUCCUUUGAUUUAGCUGUAUGGCUGCUGUACAGAUAGGCAGGUUGUUCAUUGUACAAGGGUGCCAGGCAGAGGGGCAAACGUUGACUAAAUUGUAGCUCGUGCUUUGCUGACCAUGCCAUGUGCCUGGCACAGGGCUGUUUCCAUCCAGGGGGAGAAGCAUCUUAUUCCAAUUUAAAUAAAGACAUCACUCAAUCCUUGAGCAGUGCACCUUGGCACAGGGUGGUGCCCAUCUGGAGGAGGGUGCCUUUUCCUGAUUUGUACCAAGGAGCUGCGUGAGGGAGCUACAGUCUUGGGCCCAGGGAUUAAUAUCAUCUUUGUUUUGCGGCGUUAAGAAAUUUGCCUGAAGACCUCCAGCAAAGAAGGGGUGGAUGAGGGAUGCGAUCCUUCAAGGCAGGACCCCCAAGGGUCAGGGGACACUUGGAAAGCUUGCGGUAUUGGGCUUAACCCCUGCCUUUGUGGUCCCUUUUGUGAAGCUGAAUGGUGGCACCCUGAACCUGCGAGAGAGUGGGCAGUGGAGGGUGGCUGUGAGGGGCCACCCUCACGUGAGAGACACCUGGGCAUCUGCUCUGCUUAGGUGAGGGGUGGGAACAGACUUGUUCCUCUAAUGAUGAUGAUGCCAGGCAUGCAGAGGGGCACAAACAGUGGUUGCUGUGUGCCUAGCGUGUAUGAACUUGUUUAUACACGUUGCCUCUUUUCAUGCUUAAAGUUCUCUAAGGACAGGAAUUUUGAUUUAUUUCCUAAUACAUCCCCAGCCCCUACCAGAGAGCCUAGCACACAGUGGGCCCUCAGUAAGUGUUUGCUGAAUGGAUGAACACUCCUCACAGCUCUCCAAAAAAAGUUUUAUUUUAUUACCCGUUUUCUCAGUGUGGAAACAGGCCAGAGAAGUCAGGUAACUUGCUGAGGCUCUGCAGGAGCCAGAAACGAGUUUGUUCUCGGGACACCAGAGAAUUUGGUAAAAGCCCCAGCUCCAGCCCAGCUGGCCCCACUGCCCCUCCCCCAACGCUAGGGCUGCUCUCUCCCGCCCGCUCUAAGCACCUGCCCCGCCAGGUCACUUCUUCCAGUUACCGCGCCUCUGCCACUCAGGGGAGAUUUCAGUUCCUCCCUGGGGCCCACGGGCCCUGUGUGAUCCGCCCCCAACAUCCUCCGGUGACCCUUGUCCCUUGAGCCCUAAACCCUCCCUAGUGCCCCCAGCAGCCCUUGUGCCACCAUCCCCUCCCCACAGUGCUUCCCCCAGCGGUCCUCUGCCUCUGGAUUCCGAUGUCAUCAUCGGCCUCCCCCCACUCAAUCGCCACGAGCCCCCCCGCAAAAGUAAGCACCAUGACACCAAAAACUCUGUUUUGUUCACUGGUGGACUUUUAACAAUUUAUUUGAGAGAAAACUUACAUAUCAUAAAAUUCACCCAUUUUAAGUGUACAAUUCAAUGAUUUUUUGUAAAUUUACUGAGAUGUGCAACUACCACCAUAAUCCAAGCGAGAACAUUU